AUGAGUGCUCCAAGUACGCCAUCGUUAAUAUCGGAAUAUGGCCUCGAUGAUGACCAUGACGAUGAAGCAUCUGGCGAUUUAGGUUUAGGUAUGGGCUUAAAACCUGGCGCUUUACCCCUUACUUUCUUCGAUUUCGAUCAAGAUGAGACGUUAACCGAUGAUCCUACCAUGAUAUCAUAUCAAAUACCAUGGCCAACCAAUUUACAAGAUGAAGAUCAAUCCAAAAUGAUCGUAUCGCCACACAAUCAAAAUCAUCGCCAUUACGCAUAUGACGACAAUUAUAAAGAGAAAGCUGCAGGUACGCACGAUUACAUCGUAAUUGAUCAUCAAGUCGACGUACCGACCAAUCUUCGAAACUGCUCACAAAAUAAACCAAUUGAAAAGUUAUCCAUUGCCAAACGAUUCAAUAUUACCCAUUUAGACAUUGAUCAUAGCCGUAUUAAGGAGAAGAGACGUCUUCUAAGUCGAAGUAAAUUGUUAUCAUUUGAUGGUACAAGGCUAUCAAAAAGUGUCAAGAAGAAAAGAAUUGAGGAUCUGUUAGCCAGGUUAUCAGCUGCUGAUAAACAAAUAGACCAUCUUCAAAAUGAACUAGCAGCUUAUAGACAACAAAUUGUUAGCAAAGAUGGCGCUGUUAAAAUACUUCAUAGCCAAGCUGUACUUGCUGAAGCAAGACAACAGCAAAUUACUGCACAAGAGAGAGAAAUGAUUAAAAAAUUGAAGGAGGAAAAUGGAGCUCUUAAAUGGGAGAUGGAGUUAAAAGAAAAGCAAAUUAUGAAUAGUGAAGCAGUUUGGUCAGAAAGAUUCAAUAGAGUAACAACAGAAAACAAGGCUCUUUUAGCUACAUUGGAGUCCCGCUCACAAGAAUUAAAACGUUUAUACGCUGAGAAACUAGCAAUAGCUAGAGAAAAAGAUUUACUUGCCUCCAGUAUUAAAAUUCAAAAUAAAGUUAAUGCUAGCGAUGAAGAGACAGAUUUAUCAGAAGAAUUUAAUAAAGAUACUACUUCAGAUGAGCUUGUUAUACUUGGUGCCUGCCAUUGUUUAGGUGAAAAUGAAACUUGUAUUUGUGCCAAGGCUGCUGCUAUUACAAAGAGAGAUAACGUUAAUCUUAGAAAGAGAAUAAAAAAGAUAUCUAAAUCAAAUAGUGAAUUGAUGCAAACGGCUGAUGCUUAUCGUAAAACCUUUGAAGAACAACUUAAUCAAAAUACAACCUUGAUGCUAUCUAUUGAAAUGAUGCGAAAAGAUAUUACAUUUAAUAGUAGUAAUGUUAAAUCAUCGUUAAAAAAUAAAAACGAUGGAAAGAGACGUGGAUCUACUGACGAUAACUAUUAUAAAUCGAAUAAAAAUAUGGAUAAAAGGCAUAACUUGGAAGAAGCAAAUCUAAAGAUAGCCAAGCUACGAGAAUUGUUAAAUGAUAGAGAAGAGGCGUUAGCACACCAAAAGCUUGCAGCUCGAAUUUUAGCUAAGAGAACUAAAGAAUUAGAAGGGACGAUAGAAAAAUUACAAUUGAAUAGUCAGGAAUAG